CCUUUUUUCUAUGAUCAAAAAUAAAUAAGUACUCCCCAUUUUCUUGUACACUUCUCUCUCUCUCUCUCUCUCUCUCUUUUUGACUCUGGUUUGGUAACCAGUACUGUUAUGUUAUUUAUAUCUCAACUAUCUUUACUGUCUCUGCAUACAUACAGUGACUGUACAUAACAGUAGCAAAUUCAAGAAAAUGGUUAUAUAGAGUACCAAAAGUAGCACACAAUCUCAAAUGAGAAUAAUGAGGAUAUUGUGAAGUAGCCAAAGGAGAAACUUUUUUGAGUCUGGUGGAUUUGCUAGACUUUAAAAGGAUGGAUAUUGUUAGCAAGGAUGAUGUUGAACCAGAAAAGAGGAGUCAAGAUUCUAUGAACUUCCAAUUACCAAAUAUGUCCUCAGAUUGGCAAUUAAGUGGCAGCAAUCUGACAAAUGCAUCGAUGGGGAUGGUUCCUAGUAGCAACCGAAUACUGGAUUCGUUGUGUGCUAGUGUUUGGGAUCAUCCUGCCAGUUCAUCAAACUUAGGUUUCUGUGAUACUAAUGUUCAAAUGAAUUCUGGCACUACGAAUGCACUAGGAACUUCAGCAUUUGUUUGGACUCAACCAAAUGCAACGUUGAAAGGAGGCACGUUUACACCCCCUACUACUGGUAUACUUCCUCAAAGCUUAACUCAGUUGCCAGCUGAUUCAGGUUUUAUUGAAAGAGCUGCAAGAUUUUCAUGCUUCAGUAGAGGAAAAGUUGGUGAUAUGAUGAACCCCUUUACCAUCCCUAGUUCUCCUAAUACAUAUCAUAACGGACUGGCCUUCCGGCGGCCACAAGAGCAGCAAAUGGGAAAUGCGGGUGGAAGUUCUGAGAAUGUUUCUUUACCUCUUGAACACGGGGCUACGGAUAAAAGCCCCCUCAAGAAUGAGAAAAAUGUAAGCUUUGUUAGGUCUCGGGAUGAAGCAAAGGAAUGUGUUGGCAUUUCUGGAAAUGACUCUGAUGAAACUGAAUGUAGUGGCCAUCAAGAAGAAUUGGAGGGUGGGGAUUCUUCUGCUAAGGGCCUUGGCUCAAAGAAAAGGAAAAGAAGUGGUCAGGAUGCAGAAGUUGAUCAAAGAAAUGGAGCGCAACAACCACCAGCUGAACCUGCAAAAGAUCAAACGGAACUUCAGAAGGGAGAGCAAAACUUGAAUUCCACUGCCUGCAGGCCUGGUGGAAAAAAUGGUAAACUGGGGACUAAAUCUGCUGAUCCCCCUAAAGAAGAAUACAUACACAUUCGAGCUCGAAGAGGCCAGGCAACAAAUAGCCAUAGCCUUGCAGAAAGACUAAGGAGGGAGAAGAUCAGUGAACGGAUGAAAUUUCUUCAGGAUCUUGUACCUGGUUGCAACAAGGUCACUGGGAAAGCAGUAAUGCUCGAUGAAAUAAUUAAUUAUGUACAAUCUCUUCAAAGACAGGUUGAGUUCCUUUCAAUGAAGCUUGCGACUAUUAACCCCCAGCUGGAUUUUAAUAUUGAUGCGCUCCUUGCAAAAGAUAUUCUCCAUUCACGAGCGGGUCCUUCAUCGUCACUUGGUUUUGCUCCUGAUAUGACAAUGCCAUAUCAGUCCUUGCAUCAACUGCAACCCGGCCUGCUUCAGUCGGGUCUUCCUGGUUUUGGAAAUGCUACCGAUGCAUUUCUCAAAUCCAUCAAUACCAAUUUAGCUGCUAUGAAUGGUGGCUACAAAGAGUCUUCAUUACAGUUAUCUAACAUAUGGGAUGAUGAGCUACAUAAUGUUGUCGAGACGGGUCUAAGUGCCAGUAUGCCCCUCCAUAGUCAAGAUUUAAGUGGUUCUCUACCAUCAAGCCAGAUGAAAGAAGAAUCUUGAACUUGUUUUAGAUAUCAAAUGCGUACACUUCCUGUUUGUUGGGUACGUGGAACAUUUGGGAAGACGUCAUAAUGAAGAGCUAUUCCUAUUUCACUAAACGCUCCCUAUGAAGUUCUGCUUUUAAUUGUACAGCUAGUCCACGAAGAGUAUGUUUAUGGUGCAUGUGACCUUUUAUUCCAUUGCUAUAUAACUCGGCUACCAAGAAAGUAAACAACUUACACCACGAGACGCAAGUUCUUCAUUUACAAUAGCAAAUGAGAGUUCGAGCAAUUAUGGGUUAUCCGGACAUAUAUGCAAGGAAAAUACUUAUUGAAGUUUGAAUUUAAGUCUUGAAUCUGAGGGAGAGAAAUGAUUAUAUUCUUGUUCAUUCUGUCAGGAAGAACUUGAAAAUGUAUGCUUGACGAAGGAAACUGAAGUUGCAUUCUUUUCUGCCAAGUCAUUAUCUCCAUAAAA